UCUCUGGAACAAAAUAUUCUUGAGAAUUGUUGAUGAGCUCAGCAGCUGUGCUUGGAUCAGGGAAGGACAAUGUCCUGACAGAUCGUUGCUCACAUUGCUGUAGUUUAUUGCUUAGCCUAACUAAUCAGCAAGAAUGGAGGCAAGCAGUGGCACAGGCAGGAAUUUUGAUGGUGGAUUUAACUCACUGAUUUGUGAAGAGGACUUGGACAACAAUGGGCGUCCUUCUUUCCCCCGAUUUAACUGGCCCCAUCAACAAGUGCUCAUGUUCAGUAUGACAUCUGGGAAAAGGUGCAGAGCGGCUGCAGCGAUGUUGGCGCUCCUUGCGGCUGUUUUACUGAUAGUCGUUAUCAGCAUGGGAGCCCAUUACAACAAACUCACCGACACCCACCUCACACUUGACGACACUAAGGCCAUCAGCAAAGAGCCGGUCAGAAACCUGAAUUCUUCCAAGACGGCAGAGGAAAACAUAAAGAGCGCCAAAAAGCAGCUGGCUAGUGAGCUGAGUCUCCAGAAGGAAACCAAGUGGGAGUUUGAGUACCAGACAAAAAGAAGCACUGAAUACCAAAAGAAGAUCGAUAAAAUGACGACAGACAUCAUGAUGCUGAGAUCAAACUUACCACUGAUCAAGGACGGCUGCAGACACUGUCCACCAGGAUGGAUUUUGAUCAACUCCAUCUGUUACUUCUUCCCUUUCACGGACUUUGCUGGAGGCUAUAGAUCAUGGCAAAAUGCCAGAGACUUCUGCCAAGCCUACGGAGGAGAUCUUGCAAUUAUAGACACCAAAGACAAAGAAAACUCGACUGUGAAAUACAUGAGAGCUAAAGACCUAAAGAACACGGAUGGUUUCUGGAUUGGAAUUAGAGAUAUUCACGAGGAAGGGAUUUGGAAAUGGCUGAAUGGAGAAGAGCUUGUUGAAGGGUACUGGAAUGAUGGAGAACCAAACGAUGUUAACGAUGAGGACUGCGGAGCAGUGUAUAGCAGAGAAAACAUCUUCAAGAAUUGGAACGAUGUUGACUGUAAAGCAACGAUGAAAUGGCUCUGCGAAAAAGCACCAGCUUCUAUGAGCUCAAGUUCCUUGUACUGGUGAUUCUUACAUACUCUUCAUGCUGUACGCACACGUUGUUAUCAUACAAAUCGAAUAAACUGCGAACUGCUGACGGUGUAUCCUACAAAUUGUUUUACAUUAUUACCAAGAUGCUUUAUCCUAGUGUCUGUUUAUACACCAGCCUCCACUUAUAGAGGGAGUAGUUAAGGACAAAUAUCUGCUUACAAUUAAACCUAUAGUGUGUUAUAAAGGGGUUGUUGAUUAUGAAAUUGCUUAAUAAAUGCUUGAUAAUCCUC